CGUUUCCAUUUGUCUGUGUCUCUCUGUGUCGCUCCGGGUGUGUCUGGUUCCAAGCAUCGCCGACCUCGCUCCGAAUCUGCUUCUUCGCCUUUGCCAUCGUCGUCGUUUCGUAUGCUCGUCCCCCGCACCAAGUCCAGGAACGGACCGGAUCAUGUAUGCUGGUUCAGACUGUUCGGCUUCGCUCGGCUCUGCUUGUGCUGCUGCUUCUCGCUUGAAUUCGCGACCGUUGAGGUGUAUGAAGCGGGACGGAGAUUUUGUUGCUGGGAGCGGCGAUCCAGGGCUGUCGUGGUGGACUUGACCGUAGCGGCGCUGGAAGCGGUUUGCGUGUGAGGCCAGACCGGAGGAAUGAAGUAUGGGAAGCUGUUGCAACUGUUGCUGGAGCAGAUGCCGGUGGACUAUCGGGAUAAGUUUCUGUCGUACAAGCAGCUGAAGAAGGUUAUCAAUACGAUUCUGCAGGAUAAUUCCUUGCCGACCGCGGCUUUCGUGGAAGAGGGAGCUCCGGGGGCGGACGGAGGAGGGGCAGGUGGGAAUUAUGAAGAACGGCCGUCCGUGGAGUCGAUUACAGCCCGGGAUGUAGCAGUGGUGUGGCCGCUGGCGGUAGGGUUAGAGCCUGCGGCCAAGCGGGCAAGAGGGGAGGUGGGGUUUUCUGUAGAGACGGGCGGGGAGGGGAAUGAUGGAGCGGGGGCUGCCGGGACAAAGAGGAAGCCUGGAUCGGAGGAAAAAGACGUGGCUGGAAAUGAUGCGGAGGAGAAUGUAGCCACUCUACCCAUGCAAAGGGAGGUUUCGGUUGGUAGGAGAUUUACGGCCCGUGUCGCAGGAGGAGAAGUGAAGGAGCUCACGAAAGAAGAGGAGAAUUUUUUGCACCUCCUGAAUGUUGAGCUUGAGAAGUUUAACAGCUUUUUCACGGAGAAAGAAGAAGACUACGUCAUUCGUAUACAAGAGCUAAAGCAGAGGCUGGAGGGUUUGCGUCAGCAAAAUGAUUCAGAGUUGAAUCAAAUAGAUUCAAAUGAAGAUUUUCAGACUAUUCGCAUGGAGCUUGUCACGUUACAUGGAGAGGUUGUGCUUAUGGAGAGUUACAGCACUCUCAAUUAUACAGGGCUGGUAAAGAUAUUAAAGAAACACGACAAACGCACAGGGGCAGUCCUUCGCUUGCCUUUCAUUAGACGAGUGCUUCUGCAGCCAUUCUUCUCCACUGAACUUCUCUCACAACUUGUCAAAGAGUGUGAAGCUCUUUUGUCAACUUUUCCUCCCCUACCUAUUGAAGAGAGCAUCGAGGUCAAACCAAAUGAUGAACAAGAAGAUGCUUCUAGUGAGUCGCGAAAGGGUUCAUUUCCGGCAGGUCUUGACAAUGGAGGUAUAUUUAAGAGCACCAUAGCUGCCUUGCGAACCAUUCAGGAGAUGCGGAAGGGAAGUUCGACUGUCAGUGCCCAGUCCCUGCCUCCCUGCAAUCUAAACGGAAACGACGAACGACAUGGUGUAGUUAUUAACGAGAAGUUGUGGGGUGGCAAAAUAUCUGAGCUCCUCUAAAAAUAGCAGUCCAAGAGCAUGACCUGUCCCAACAGAUUGAUUGCAAUGCUUUGGGAUCCUUAAAAAAAUUAGGAGUCUUUCGAAUUGCGGUCAACUCUUUAUGCAGCUUUGGAGGUUCCAAACGAUCAAGGGAACGUGGUGAUUUGUUACUACUAGCCUUGAAGCAGAGCUUGUGUUCUUUGAUGCGGACUCAGGACAGCUCCUUUCACGGGGAUUGAACCCCAAGGAGAGAUUUUCUUUUGUUUCAUUUUUUUCAAUGUCAGCAUUCUCGUGCAUCUACCUUUGUUCUUGGAAAUCAUACGCUCCUUGCCCAUCCGAACCAA